UUUUUUUAUUUAUAUCAGAUGUUACAAACUCUACCCAACAAAAUGAUGAAAAGUUUAGUGUUCAUUUUUUCAAACCUUUUGUAUCUAAAAAUGGCUUACAUUACCAUGGCCAAUGAACACCAGAGUUGUAAACUAAACAUUGAAGGCUGCAACUACAAACUGACAUUGGUUCCCAGUGAUGACCAAUGUCAAGGUCACAAUCAAACCAGGUCAAGGUCACAGAGGGCGGUAACCAAUAGCAACAGCGAGAUUGCAGAAAUUCUCCAGGAGCUAAAAACUACAUCGGAGAGAUACAAGAAACUGGAAUACAAACUCACGAAAGACAUGAAGCAGCUUGGAAAACGGGUGUUACGGGGAGCAAGAAAACUGGAGACAAUGAUUAAGAAACAGCAAACAACGGACACAAGAUCCGGUGUAAAGGAUUGUCCGCAGGGUUUUAUUGUGGUGGACAAUUGGUUGAGCUGUUACAUGAUUUCCACGUUUAAUACCAGCAUGUAUGAGGCAAGGGAGAUCUGUCUUGCCCUUGGCAGUGACCUGGUAUCCCUGGAGACCUCACAGGAACACCAUCUCCUGUCCUACCUUGUUAGAAAUAACCCUACCAAUGCAGGUAUGCCAGGCUGGUGGACUAGCGGCACCUUCAUCACGGCCACCAAGCAGUGGAUGUGGACGCCUGGGUCAGACCCGCGACCCGUCACGUACCGAAUGUGGGCGCCAAAAGAGCCGAACGAGGAACAUGCCCUUGACCUACUUUGCCUCAUGAUGCUGAGGCUGGACAACUUACAGUGGCACGACCAGCUCUGCACAGACCACUAUAACUUCAUCUGUGAGAAGUCUCUCGCAUAACUUCAAACUUGUGCAGUUUUUGUAACAUAAUAAUUAUGUUUAUCAAAAUAUUUGUAAUAAUUUUAUGAUUUCAAGGUAAAAAUUGUGUAGGUUUUUUUAGCAUAAAAACGUUGUUUCUCUAACUGUUGAUAAUACAUUUAUGAUUUCAAGGCCAAUAUUUAAGAACUGAAAAGCAUUUUCCUGUGUUUCAUUGGUGUACAAACUGUUCCUAACAACUACACUUAAUGUGCAUAAAUGCAGACAAUUUUAUAAAUACAAAUUUUUGUUUUAGACACUUGUGUUAUCAUAGUUUUUGGUUGGUAACUAUAACAUGAGAAAGGUUGUUUCUAUUCACUUAUACUUCUUAAAUUGUUUAUCAACAAAGACUUCUCACACAUUAUUAAUCAAGUAAGACUUCUAACAAAAAGGAAAUAUCCAAGUGUGCAAUUACAUUAGGCUGGGAAAACAGGGCUAAAUGCACUUGUGGUAAGUGUUGUCUCGAGAAUAGCCUGGGCUUCACAGGGACAACACUAUCCGCCUAAAGUGGAUUUUUAU